CAAUUAUUCUAGAACAACCCAAAAAGUUACUAAUUUUACGUUUUAAAUUGAACCAAGGUUGAUGCUUCUUUUAAAAAGCAAGAAUGCGGUAACGGAUAUUUAUUUGGAGAUGAAAACCAUAUCCUCCGCACUAUAAAGAAAUCCACAUUUUCUGCGAAGAAGUGAAACUCUGUACAUCUAUCGUAUGCGCGUAUGGCUGGAAUUAAGCUUAUGCGGGCAGUUCAAUAUGAAGGUUAUGGAGGCGGUGCUGCUGCUCUGAAGCAUGUUGAAGUUGCAGUGCCCACUCCUAGUAAAGGUGAGGUUUUGCUAAAGAUAGACGCUACAAGCAUAAACCCAAUUGAUUGGAAAAUCCAAAAGGGCAUGCUACGCCCUCUUUUGCCCGGAAAAUUCCCUUACAUACCUGCAACUGAUAUAGCAGGAGAAGUAAUGGAGAUUGGGUCCGGUGUGAAGAAUUUCAAGGCUGGUGACAAAGUUGUGGCUAUGCUCAGUCAUUUUGAAAGUCUUUUUUUGCUCACUCAUUUAUAUUUUAGUGUUUGUUGCCCCAAUGGCUUUGAAGUGGCAAUGACAAUAUCUUGAAAGCCAUGGACCAUGGAUGAUUGUUUCACAAGUAUGCCAGAUGCAAUUUCACUUUUUUUACCGUAUCGAAGAGGUGUAUUCGAGCAAUAUCUAAGCCUUUGUAAAGGGGAAAGUCCGUAAAUAUAACUCUGCACUAUAUUGAAUCUCACUUUUAUAAAAGUGAUUGCAUUUAUAUAUGGACAAAAGGGGACCAGAUUGGAGGUGGUUUUGCAGAGUACGCUGUGGCCAAAGAGAGCCUAACUGCAUUAAGGCCUCCCGAGGUACAAGCUGCUGAAGCUGCGGGCCUUCCAGUUGCAGGCCUAACAGCCCACCAGGCCCUUGUGGAUGCAUCUGGGAUCAAGCUUGAUGGUAGCAGCAGCUGCCCAAGGAAGAAUGUCCUUGUGACUGCCGCCUCUGGUGGGGUGGGCCACUAUGCCGUCCAACUAGCGAAACUGGGGAACACACACGUGACUGCCACAUGUGGGGCCCGAAACAUCGAGUUCGUGAAGAGUUUAGGGGCAGACGAGGUCAUUGACUAUAAAACCCCCGAAGGGGCAUCUCUCAAGAGCCCUUCGGGCAAAAAAUACGAUGCGGUCAUCCACUGUGCCACGGGCAUCCCGUGGUCGACUUUCGAGCCUAAUCUGAGUGAGAACGGGAAGGUGAUAGACUUAACCCCGGGCCCGAAAGCAAUGUGGACCUUUGCCGUCAAGAAACUCACAUUGUCAAAGAAGCAACUGGUGCCGUUGCUUUUGUCCCCCAAAAGUGCCAACUUAGAGUAUCUUGUCGGGCUGGUUAAGGAGGGGAAGUUAAAAAGCUUCAUUGACUCGAAAUAUAGUUUGAGUAGUGCUGAAGAUGCUUGGGCUAAGAGCAUUGAAGGACAUGCUACUGGGAAAGUUGUUGUGGAGCCCUGAAAGAAUGAAGGGGGUCCACCGGCAGUGAACACAAUUACAGCUCUACGUGAUAUUAUUAUUAUUAUUAUUAUUAUUAUUAUUAUUAUUUAAUUAUUAC